GACAACCGGAGUAAGCCAUCCUUUCCUGGUGGCAGACACAUUUCACAAGGAUAUUUUCAGACCGGAGGGAUGGAGUAACUGUAGAAACAUCAGGACUAGCCUAAUUAGGUUACCUAUCAGGGCAACUGAAGUUUGCCAUGUGAACAAGUUCCAGUCUCAUCAGAAGAAAUUUGAAUGCAGCUGUCUUUUACAGACUGAAUGACAUUAAUGGUGCCCAGGCCCUGGGUAUCUACGUUUGGUGCCAUUUGGUCCCCGGAAGAACAGUGCACUUGAGGGUGUGCACACGAGCAGCUGGGAUGUGAGAAUCAAGCGACCCGCCUGACGUUGGUGCACUCUGGUGUCAUCCGUCGGAAGCACGAGUUGAAGCAUCUCAGAGAGAUUCAGGUGGAGGGAGACAGCCCCGCCAGCUGCAAAGCCCUUGCGGUGUGAAGGCAAAGGAGGUGUCGGAAAGCACUGUGCUUUGGGGAAGACCUGCAGUAGCAGUGGGUAUGACGGCCACGCACCUCAACCUCUCUUAGUCGCCUCUUCACACGCCACUCAAAUCAUAAUGGACUCUGAGUAUGUCCUAUGCAAGUGGAAAGGCCACUUGUGGCCAGCAAAGGUUUUGUCCAGAUCUGGGCCUUCACCGAAAAAUAAGAGGAAGAGGGCACUUUCUGUAGAAGUUCAAAUCCUCUCGAUAGAUGAAAAAAUUAAAGCAAAAAGCACAGACAUAAAGGCCCUAACUAAGUCUGCGAUUGAAGCCAUCACCUCCUCGGCAGCGCCGCGGUCGAGGAUCAGAGCCCCGCCAGGACAGGCAGUGGGCUAUAGAAGAGCCCUUAAAGUGGCCCUGGAGAUUCUGAAUGAGAGAACAAAUUCGGGUCAAGGAAGAAAACCAGACAAGGAGGAGACCACUACGCCGUCAUCCCACAAGGUGCCAGAAAAGCAAGCCAGGCCACCGCCUCGUAAAAGGUAUCGGAAAUGCAAGGGGGACUUACGGAGUGGUCUUGGCAAGAGUAAAGACCCAGGAUCACUGCUGGUGCGUUCAGAGGGCAAGGAUGCCCCGUGUGGGGGUAAGUCACAGGGGCACACAGCCACUGCCCCUAUCCCAGGUGAAGUGCACACGAAGGCAUCGUCAAGCUCCAGUGUGUGCCAACAUUCCCUGACGCUUUCAGAGGAUGGCAGUGAGAAAGAGGACGAGGAAAAGGCAGACAGCUCCACGGUCACGUCCUCAGGUCCCGCUGUCACGGAGGAGGCUGCAUGUGCUAAGGACCAACAGGCGGCUCCAUCUCGGCCACUGGGGCUCAUGCCCACUGUGCCCACAGCUCUGAACAAAGAGGCACAGGACACCUGCCCGAAGACCUCGGCUGCUGCCUCGGAAUGCUCCACCUUGGCAGGGAACGUUGAGCGCCCUGCAGAGGGUGCCUGGAAGCCAGGCUUGGAAGGCUCGGCAGCGGCCUGCAGGUCCCCUCUCCCAAGGCAGCAGUCCUCACUCCGUCUUGCAGGUAGAAAGAGGAAGCUUCCAGUCCCACCCUUUGAGAGGGGACAGCAAGAACCUCAGCCUCUCGCUGAGGCCAAGAAUCCCAUCCGCAGCCUGAAAGCAGCUGGCGGUAAACAAGCGAGGCAACGCGCCGGCUCCACUUUUCCGAAGGAGCUGUGCCCCAUUGAAAGGGGGAUGAUGGUGUGGUUUAAAUUUCAGGAUCAUCCAUUCUGGCCAGCCGUGGUAAAGAGUGUCAGCAAGGCAGAGAAGACGGCCAGGGUGCUCUUGAUUGAGGCCAACCUGCGCUGCGAGAGGAGAGGCAUCUGUGUGCCCCUUCGGAGACUGAAACCCCUGGAGUGCAAAGAGAAAGACAAGCUGCUGCAGAGAGCCAGGAAGGUGUACAAGCACAGCGUCAACUGGUGCUUCUCCCUCAUCGCCCACUACCGGGAAGGCCUCGGCCGAGGCUCUUUCUCGGGCUCCUUCCUUGACUACUACGCCGCUGACGUCAGUUACCCGAUGAGGAAAGCCGUCCAAGAGGGCGACCUGGACAUUGACUUUCCCAAGGUGAACUACACCGACCUGGAAGACUGGGAGGAGGAGGCCUCCCUGUGGGGGAAGCGGCCCUACAAGAAAAUCCUCCCCGACCGGAUGAAGGCCGCCCGGGACCGAGCCAACCAGAAGCUGGUGGACUUCAUCGUGAAGAGAAAGGGGGCCGACCAUCACCUUCUGGACAUCUUGAAAGGCAGAAAACAGUCCAGCUGGCUGACGUCAUUUCUGAACUCAAAUAAGCGCCUGUUCUGCAUUGAAACUUACCUGGAGGAUGAGGACCAGCUGGACCUGGUGGUAAAGCACCUACAAGACGUCUACAAACACAUAGAUGACACCAUGCUGGCUCCGGUAAGACGUGACAAAAUCGACCUUGUUCUGGAAGUUCUUCUGCCAGAAGCCAUCAUCUGUUCCAUUGCCACACUUGAGGGGCUGGACUACAAGGGAGCGGAAGAGAAGUACCUGCAAGGACCACCCGUGCACUACCGAGAGAAAGAGCUGUUUGACAAAAAUAUCCUAAAGAAAGCGAGAAGGAGACCAGCAGUCGCCAGGGAAGCUCUCAGGUGUCCUCCCGUGCGCAGACGUUAGCGGGGAGCCACCUCCUUCCUAGAAUUCAUUCAAAAACCUGUCUGUAUGAAAUGUGUGACCCCUUCUCUGUGCCGUGUAAGUAUGUUCUGGAAAUUCGAGACUUUGGGAACAUGCCUAACUUGUUUUGAAUCCAUCGCUAGCAUUUGUGGGUGGCACGCUCAUCGUCAUUCCUUCUUCCCAAACCCUCCACAAGCUUUUUCAUACAAAGAUUGCAAACAAUUGUAUUUCCCUCGACCUUUUUGCAUGCGUGAUUGCCCAGAUAGUUCCACAGGAAAAUACUGUUGAUUUCCAUACCAUUUCUUGUGACCCUAUUUGACAUUCUUGCACGAGACACAUAACUCUUUUUCUUUUUUUACAUGAAAAGUCACUGAUGUUGGCUAUGAAGUUAACAAUAGUUUUCAAAACGUCAUGCAUAUUUUUACAGAAACAUCAAUUGGAGUUUCCAUUAUUUUGGAGACACAUGAAUAUCAACUAUGGGAUUCCGUUUUAAGAUGAUGCCUGAAUUUUCCCUGCAAUGCCUAUUUAUAUCUUUUGAAAACUAGCUCUGAGAGUUACAUCUGAUGACAGACAUGUUUCCUUAUAUAUUAUCACGACCUUCCAAUACCCCUUCAAAAAGCAAGCUGAAAGUCAAAUGCAAAGUUUCCGGAUCACCUACCUACGUGUGGCCUACAUGUCAGUGGAUUAAAUCUGAGCUUGCAGUAAGCAUUUUGUCAGCCUCGUGCAACAUUGUUGACAGUGUGUUUCCCUGAAAUUCCGUUUAUGUCAGUAGUUCUUCUCCAACGGCUAGACGAUUUCCUAAAACGGGCUUCAGGCUGUCUUCACAACUGACAGUUCUUCUUGUUGCUGUCUGUCCCCAAGCGGAGGGCAGCUAGAGUCAUCGUACUGGCAGGCUGACUGCUCUUACUCCUGAGAGCCCGGGCCCACUGCCCAGGAGCCCGUCUACUCUGGUCUAAAGUGUAGGAAAGCAAGCGCCUUGUCCUCAAUCCCCUGGCCCCUAAAAUAUACUCAUUUGCCUCAAACCAACAGAGCUUUAUCUUCCGACUUAUUCAUUGGCCAGCUCCAACAGCUUCCAGCGGUAUAAAUGCAGACUUAUCCAGUCAUCCCAGGCUGCUAGAGCAGUCGGUGCCCCCAGGCUGCUGAUUGGAAAGUGGAUUGUAGAAGCAGCCCCCGUUUGGCUGAAGGUGGCCCUCGUCAGAACAGAAUUAAACCGACGUCAUGAAGAGAUAAGUUGUAAAGCCCGUGAAUUACUAGACUGCCUUGCAACGAGAGGGUUUCUGAGAAUAAAUGUUAGAAAACGUAGUUCAUUUUUCCAACUCGCUGUGAAAAUAAACACGAACCCAAGUGCAUUUUUCCUUCUGAGAGGCAGUGAACUGUCCUCCUACGUUACAGUGUUCAUGUGGCCAUGUGUUUGAGUAAAAUUUGCAAAGUAGCUGUUUGGAUUCACAAUAAAACCAUCACAUCCUUCACCUUGAACUUCUGCUCCAUCACACUUGAGAUUGUACAACUACAUAGGUGGCGUGGCUAAGAAAAUAUAUGAACACACUUCCAAAGAAAUAAUAGUUUGGGGAAAUUAUGAUGUGGCGGUUGUUAAUUUUCUUCUCAUUCUAAAUAAAUAUUCACUUUCAUGCUUGA